GGAGAAGCGUGGCCGUUACGGUUCAAUGGUCGUCAACCAACAGCAGGAAGACCAAAAAUGCGGUGUUUUUGAAAGUGUACGUUCUUGGCUAGGCUAAAAGGCUAAACCAGCAACAUGCAGCUUUAGUUACCUCAAGAAAUAUGCAAGAUUCAAUGUAAUCAAUGGAGAGACAGAUAUUUACCGUAUGCCGCACAGUAUCUGGAUGUGAUAAAUGAAUACAGUAUGAAAGAAUAACAUUAACCCUGUCUCUAGAAUUCACAUUGGAAAACACAUGGCCUGAGUUCAUCUUUUGUACAUAGCAAUAUUCCAGGCUGAAGGAGAUCAUGCCUCAAUUAAGUAGAAAUGUUGCAAAGUCUAAGUGCUAUCAGAGACACAAGCCCCAAAGCCCAGAUGAUAAUGAUCUCUCCUUUGAUGGUGAAUCAGACAUUGAUGAUGACUUGCUCAUGGAGAUGGAGCGUAUGGAAGAAGAGUACAUUGAGAAGUCAUCCCAGGAACUAAGUCAACAGAAUUCAAAGCAUCAGAAUGUCAGUAAUGUAGUUACAGACUAUUCUAAACAACCUGGCACCUCAAAAGUAACAACAGGACAGUGUAGGCCAAGUACCAGUUACAGAAAAUGUCAUAACCACGCAACUGAUGAAAGGCAAGAAAUACAAGUGUGUACAUCAACAGAGACGAAGCCUAAAUCUGCCGCCAUCCACAUAAUGCCCAGGGACGCAGGUCAACAAAGUAAAGAAAAGUCAUCCACUGAUAAAACAUCUAGGCCUAAUAAUAAUAGGCAAUGGAAACAUGCUCCUAAACCCUCAUCAUUGAUACAUGAUGUUGGAUUGAAAUUGGGCCCUGUAAAUCAGCUGAAUAAACAACCGGAUAGUGAUUCACAAAUCGCAGGACCAAGUGGCAUCAAUAAUCAAGAUGUGGGAAACAAAGUAGCAUUGUUUUCAUUUUCGCCAAUAGAAAUCAAGAACACUGAUAGGCCUACUACUAGCGAAAUAAUCUAUUGUGCAGAUUCGCAGAAUUCUAUGGAGCCUGGGGAUACAAACAAGGCAAAAGCUCAGAAACAGCAAUUUUAUAAAUCAAGUGGGAAGAAGCGGCAAAGUCAGAAGAAGGGUAGCACUAGCAGUGGGAAAAAGGGCAAAAAGAAACGGAAGAAAAAGUACAAAGGCCCAUACACCUCACUAGAAGGCUCACAAGGAUUUGAAUUGAGUGGACUGUCAAUGAGCACUUUGACACCACCCCCACCGACACCAGAUCGUCUGCUCCUGUCCUCUUGGGGUUUACCAGAACCAGUGCUUGCUCAGUACCACAACAAAAAUGUCCGACAAAUGUUUGAAUGGCAGGCGGAGUGUCUGAGCCAGGGGUCGGUACUCGAUGGUGGUAACUUGGUGUACUCUGCUCCCACCAGUGCCGGCAAGACAAUGGUUGCUGAGCUUCUGGUGCUGAAGAGAGUGAUUGAGACAAGAAAGAAAGCUAUCGUGAUUCUACCGUUUGUAUCCGUCACCAGGGAAAAGAUGUUCUAUCUGCAAGCCAUGUUUCAAGAUGUAGGGAUAAAAGUGGAUGGCUAUAUGGGUAGUAUAGCGCCCCCAGGAGGUUUUGAUGCGAUUGAUAUUGCAGUGUGCACCAUAGAGAAGGCCAAUAGCCUUGUGAACAGACUACUUGAAGAGAAGAAAUUAGAUCAACUAGGUAUUGUCGUGGUUGAUGAGUUACAUAUGGUUGGCGAUUGUCAUAGGGGAUACCUUCUGGAGCUUGUUCUCACCAAGAUUAUGUUUGUAUCAAACAAGGCAUCACUCAGAAAUGUGGAUGGAGGCCAUCCUUCAAAUGCUAUUCAGAUUGUCGGCAUGAGUGCCACUCUCCCCAAUCUUGACCUCUUGGCCACAUGGCUCAAGGCUGACCUUUACAAGACUGACUUCCGGCCUGUGCCAUUAACAGAGAUGGUCAAACUGAACAGCACCCUGUACUCUAAUGACAUGACAAAGCUGAGAGAUUUCUACCCAGGGCGUGGAAUUCAAGGUGAUCAGGAUGCCGUCAUCUCCCUCACGUUUGAGACCAUCUCCGACGGACACUCUGUGCUAAUUUUCUGCCCUACCAAGAACUGGUGUGAAAAGUUAUCAGAGUCAAUUGCCCGUGAAAUUUACCGGUUUAAAGGGGUUCUACCUGUGGCAGAGAAAGAUAAUGUUCAUGCUCCUGACAACCAGCCUAUAGAUUUGAACUUUGCGGCUUUGAAAGAUGUGGUUGAACAACUGAAGAGAACUCCAGUCGGUAUUGAUGCGACGUUAAAGAAGACAGUGCCUUAUGCUGUUGCGUAUCAUCAUGCUGGUUUGACUUUUGAUGAACGUGACAUCGUAGAGGGAGCAUUCCGACAGGGUAUUAUCAAAGUUCUGGUUGCGACAUCAACACUGUCAUCUGGUGUCAAUCUGCCGGCUCGUCGAGUCAUUAUUAGGACCCCAUCUUUCAACCGGUCAGUGUUGGACACACUGACAUACAAGCAAAUGGCUGGAAGAGCCGGACGGAAAGGAAUUGAUACUGAAGGAGAAAGCAUCUUAGUGUGUAAGCCCUCUGAAAAAUUCAAGGCCGAGCAGUUGGUAAGAUCCAAGCUGUCGCCAGUGAGUAGUUGCCUGCAACAGAAUGCUAAUGAAGGUCUGAGCAGCAGUAUGAAGAGGGCAAUAUUAGAGGUAAUAGCUAGUGGUGUAGCCUCCACCCCAGAUGAAGUGAAGCAGUAUUCAUCCAGUACAUUACUAGCAGCUAGUAUAUCUCAUGAAAUGCAGGCUGGAGAUGUAGAGACUGAGGGUCAUGUGAUAGAGAAUUGCAUUCAAUUUUUGAAGGACAAUGAAUUCAUUCAUCUUCAAAAAACAGAUACAAAUGGUGGAGUUGUUGAGAAAUUUGUACCCACUCAGCUGGGCUCUGCAACACUUUCAUCAGCCAUGUCUCCAGACGAGGCCCUUGCUGUCUUUGCUGAGCUUCAACGUGCCAGGAAAAACUUUGUCUUGGAGAAUGAAUUGCAUAUUAUAUACCAGGUAACACCAAUAUAUCAAUCAGUGAAUCCAGAUUGGUACCAGUUCAUUAGCCAAUGGGAGAACUUCUCAAUGGACAAGUUGCGGGUUGCAGAGCUUGUGGGAGUCGAAGAGCGCUUCCUCAUGAGGGCAGCACAGGGUUCUAUUCCUACAACUACUGCCAGACAUAAACGAAUUGUGGCUCUACAUCAAAGGUUUUACACGGCCUUACUACUCAGCGAUUUGGUCAAUGAAGUCCCUUUGUGUGAAGUAUCGCGUAAAUAUGGCUGCCCUCGAGGUCAGUUGCAGUCGCUCCAGCAAUCUGCUGCCACAUUUGCAGGCAUGGUGACUGUUUUCUGCAACAAAUUGGGAUGGCUUAAUAUGGAACUUCUCGUCAGCCAGUUCCAGCAUCGUCUCAACUUUGGUAUCCAGCGUGAGCUGUCGGACCUGGUUCGCAUUUCUCUAGUGAAUGCACAACGGGCAAGACUGCUCUACAACAGUGGCUUUCAUACGGUUGCCACUGUAGCAGCAGCAAACGCUGCAGAGAUUGAGACUCUCUUGAGGAAAGCUGUACCAUUUCAAAGCACUCGCAGAGCAGAGGGCGAGUUGGCGUGUGAAGCUAUGGAGAGGAAGAAAUCAAGGUGCAUCUGGGCCACAGGACGUAAAGGAUUGACAGAAGAAGAGGCAGCGCUGUUGAUUGUAAAGGAAGCUAAGCAACUUCUAAAAGCAGAUCUUAAAGUUAUGGGAGUUGAAUGGAAAGGAAAUGAUGCCACACCAGCAAAGGCUGUCCAUGCUUCCAGUAGAUCAUUUGGAUCAUCUAGUCAGAGAAUUGGCCAGCCUGGGAAUUCAAGUGGUAAUUUUAAAUAUCCUUCUUUACCCCUGUCAGCAUCGCAGAGACGAAAGACUUCUGUUGGUAGUGAUACUGGUGUUGCGAUGCUGGAUGGCAGUUACCGGAGUAAAAAUGCUCAAGAACGAGUUGGAGAUGUAAGAAACAUUGAAAACCACAAUCCACGCUCAUCGCAGGUAACCGAUGUUGAUCAAUCAAGAAUAAAUGCCGCAGAACGUUUGCAAUCAGAUAUUGGAAAGAAUAAUUUACCUGAUGAAAGAAAAAAUGAUGAAGUUCCAACUGUAUCUAAGCCAUCUACAAGUAGUGAAGCAAGGUCCAGUGAUAAGGAUUUCACUGAAGGUAAACCUGGUACUUCAGUACAGAAAAGUGAGACCUCAACAACAACGUUACAGUCGUUAGUAAAUUCUCACGAGAUGUUGAAUAGUCCAGAUUUGUAUUCACCAUCACAAGAAACCAAUCAGGAAUUUAAUUUAGUUAAGAAAGAAAAUGAUGUACCUCAGGCUGUUAUUGAAAUUAGGGGUCAUGAGAACAAGGAAGAAGAAGAUGAAGGAAUCGUAAACACAUUGAAUCAAAGCAUUAACAAUAGCCUCCUUGUAUCUCCAGAAAUUUGCUCCGAAUUUAGUCCUUUAUUUCCUUCACUUGAUUCACAGUUGAUUAAUGAGAUGAAUAAAUUUUGCGAGAAGAAUAAAUUAAUUUCGUCUACAGCUUCUCCGCUAUUAAUGGACAGCUGCACCUUCGAGGAAUGCUUAGUGAAUGAUUUCAAGCGGAACCAUUCGCCAAUGAAACAUAAUCUCGAAACAGUUGUGGCUGCAGUUUCUACAGGACAGAAAAGGAAUUCUAUUUAUUCUUAUUCUAAUUUACAAGAAGAUAUGUUGAUUGCAAUGAAUUUAAGUGAUUCUUUUAACAUGUACAAGUCAGUUAACUCUUUGAAUUCGCCGAUAAUUAAUAAUUUAUUCCAGGUUGAUUUGCCUGUAUCAGAGUGCAAUAACGUUUUCCAAAGUUCGAAACAAACAAGUGCAAUAUUUAGUAAUUCAAAUAUGACCAAAACAAGUACUCCUCUCAGCGCUGCAAUCACCAACGGUGCUAAACAGUCUGAGAUAAAUGAUCAUGUUAGUGAAAUUGUGUCAUCCAAUCAGGUUGAAUCAAACAAAUUGAUCACGCCAUGCAUUGACAUCAAACGUCCGACUAUUGACGUAGGCGUAACAUAUUCUCAGCUAGACAAUGAUCUUGCUCUUGCUGCCCUCGACAGCUCGUCGUUUUCAUUUUAUGAUUCAAGAAAUUCUACAGAAUUACAAGAUCCACAAAUACAUGUGGAACAGGAUUUCGUAAAGAAGAGUCCUAUUAAUAGCAGUGUAGAUAACAAUAUUAAUAUGAUUACAAAAGAAAAAGAAACAGUUGUUAAGUUAGAUGUAAUGGUAAACGAACCGAAAGGAUCAAAGGAAACUUGCGGUAAUGAUGCAUUUGAAAUGCUUGACCUUUUUGCUGGUGAUGUUGGUGAUAAAAAAAAAUACAGGCCUCCACCAAAGAAAUGCAAGCAAGGAAACAAAGAAAUCAAGUCUCAGAUUGACAACUAUUUUCCGCACAGAAAACGCAGAAGUGAUGAAGUGUUGGUAAAUGAACUGAAGUCAGAGAAACGUGCUAAGCAAGAUGUGAUUUGUUCUAAUAGAAGCCCUGUGAAGGAAAGAAGGGAAAGUGCUGAUGAUUUUAUACCUCCCACUCCUCCACCAAAAAACAAACCGGUAACUCCAAGGUAUUUGCGGCACACUCCUCAGAGAGAAAAAUAUUCAACCAUAAAAAGCACACCACGUCGUAAAAACAAACAAACAGUUACAACCCUCCAUCUGAAAAGUAAAGGUAAUCUUACGGAAGGUACCUCAAAGAUGCCUAGUGCAAACACAAAUGUCAGUAUGGCUACCAAAAACAAGCCAAAUGGAAAAUUGGCUUCAAAAGCUGCCAAUAAGUUUAUCCAGUCAAAUGAUACACCUGUUGAUACACGUACUCUUCCUGCAUGUCAGGAUGUUGAUGCUUGUGCAGAGGAUGAAUUGAAGCUCUAUCUGGACACACAGACUCAACUCACCUGUACUUUAGAGAGGUGCAUCAGUAACACAUCCCCUGAUACGGGCUUAAGUGGCAAUAUCCCCGCUACAGACGGUGUUUUCACGAUCGUGGAUGUGUGUGCUGACAGAGGAAUGUUUGAGAACUUUCUAAUUGAAUGGCAGUCUAAAAGUGUGUACUGUUUGGCAGUUGCUUGUGAGGGAAUUCAGGCAACCGUAGAAGGUGGUGGUAUUGGAGGACGUUUUCAUAAAGGUAAUACAAAGAAGCCUGAAACUAUAGAUGGAUUACAAGUACCAGAAGAAGAUGUUCUAAUGACUGGCAUAUCUGUGUGCUGGGGUGCCAAGGAUGCUUACUUCAUCUCCUUCCAAGACCACAUCACUCCAGGUCUUGAUGACAGCCUUGCACAACCACCAUGUGAUGUCACCCUUAGCAUACAUGAGCGAUUAGAACAAGUCAAACGAGUGCUGUUGAUGAGUAGAACAAACCCUUCUAGAAAUGAAAUAGUGAGGCGGUUAUUUGAUUACAAAAAUCAGUAUAAAGUGCUGAGCCGUGCCUGCGGUAUUAAUCUGAAUGGAGCAGUCCAAGAUCCUAAAGUAGCAGGGUGGUUGCUGAGCCAAGAAGCCAAGGAACGAAAUCUUCAAGGAAUGGUCACCCACUAUUUGUCGCAUGAGAUCCAUCUUCUAGAAGGUAUUGGAGGUGGUGUCGGUAUUGGAGGACUUGGUUUGAUGAUCCAGAAUGCAUGUUCAGGGCGUGUGCGGGCAACGAUUGAAUCUGUCAUGGUGUUUAUGUUGAUGGAUGUUCUGAUAGACCAACUGAAAGCUGAUGGUCUUUACAAAGCCUUUACAGAGGUUGAGAUGCCUGUAAUGCUGACCAUAGCUAAGAUGGAGCUCAAUGGGUUUGGAUUCAACUCAGAAGAGUUUGAAGAACAGAAGAAUGUGAUGCAAGCUAAGUUGACCGUGUUAGAACAAAUGGCUUAUCAGUUUGCCGGACAUCCAUUCUCAUUGACAUCCCCCAAAGACAUUGCUGAGGUUCUCUUUAUUGAACUAAAACUUCCACCAUCUGGUGAUCCAAGUGCUUCCAUCAUUCCACAAAAACCUGUUAGAGGCAGAGGGCGUCCUAAACUCCCGAAGAGUUUCAACACAUCGAAGGAAUCUCUGGAGAAACUGAAGAACUUGCAUGGAUUACCAGGAAUCAUCCUGGAAUGGAGGCGCAUUAAUAAUACGCUGUCGAAGGUCGUAUUCCCUAUGCAGAAGGAGAAGGUGUUUAACACGUUUCUUAAUAUGAACAGGAUCUAUGGAAUUUGUCAGACACAUACAGCAACAGGUGGUGUGAUCCUUGCAGCUGAUUACUCUCAACUUGAGAUCCGUAUCAUUGCGCAUUUGUCUGGAGACGCUAAGUUGGUGAAGAUUCUAAAUGGUGGUGGCGAUGUUUUUAAAACUAUCGCUGCAGAGUGGAAGCGCAUCUCCCCAGAGGAAGUGACUAGCGAAAUCCGACAGCAAGCUAAACAGAUUUGCUAUGGGAUCAUAUAUGGCAUUGGAUCUAAGGCAUUGGCAGAUCAGUUGGAAGUGUCACCCGAUGAAGCCACAGUUUUCAUUGAAAUGUUCAAAGCAAGAUACAAAGGAUUGAAGGCGUACAUUGAAAACACAACCAAAAAGUGUCGUGAAAAUGGUUUUGUUGUGACAAUAACUGGUCGACGAAGGUACCUGCCCAAAAUCCAUGAUUCCAACGUGCAUGCAAGGAGUCACGCAGAGAGACAGGCCGUCAACACAACUGUCCAGGGCUCAGCGGCCGAUCUGGUUAAGAAAGCAAUGGUCAGGAUUGAUAAAAGAUUAGCAGAGGAGUUUCCAUCAACAUUGAAAACACACAGACAUAAGCAAAAUGAAACUUCGCGACGCAGGACACGAGGUGGCAGCCGCUCACCCAACACUCCAUCCGGAGCCUUUUUAGUUUUACAGCUGCAUGACGAGUUGAUCUACGAAGUGCGAAAAGACAACGUACGACAAGUUGCAAAGUUGGUUAAAACCGAAAUGGAAUCCGCUAUGACACUGUCUGUUGUGCUGCCUGUGAAAGUUAACGUCGGCCCUACAUGGGGUAGUGUGAAAUUGAUGGAGUUAUGAAGUAAAAACUAACCAUCGAUUUAUAAUGAAAAUUUGAACAAAAGAAAUAUAUAUAUUUUUUAAAAUUAAAAUAAUCUCCACAUAUCUAACUACUGAUAUUGAAUUUCCAACUGCAACGGAUUUAAAAGUAUAUUUAAUUUAGGAAAAUUACCAUUGAAUAUUAGGUUUACUGAGCGUUUUGGUGGAUUUGGUGGUGUAAAUAUUAAUUAAUUAAUUUGAAAAGGAGUGUAUUAUGUUAAUUAAAUCGAAGUGCAAAAGGAUACCCUAAGCAAAUUGAAUAUGGUACCGUAGGUAUUUUAAUAAGCUGGUUAACUCAAGUAUAUUAUUUGAAUUCAAGCCAAAUUUGGUCCAUAAAGGAUGUGAAAGUCACAGAGAGGCGUUAUUGCAUUUAUGUGUUGAUCACCGAGUAUUCUCUCACCAAAUACAAUAAAUCCGUUUAUUUAUUUUUUAUAAUGAAAUUAUAAUUUUGACACGCGCGACUGGCUUCAAACAUGUGAGUUUUAUGUGCGAGUGGAUAAUAAAAUAUUCAUUUUUUAGAUGUAAA